AUGGCGGGGUCCGCGGUGCUACAGUCUGCCACCAUUGACAGAGUAACCUUGAGGAGUUCGUUCAUUGGCGAGGCCCAAUCACUGCGUGCCACGUCAGCGGCAGCCUCCUCCCAGACCCUCAACCAGCAAGGCCUGCUAGCCGGCCGCAUUGUCUGCAAGGAGUCACGAAUCGGCCGGAAACCCAUCCCCGUGCCGGCCGGCGUGACGUUCAAACUUGACGGCCAGUCGUUAGUGGUGAAGGGCCCUAACGGCGAGCUGUCAAGGGAGUACCCGCGGGAGGUGCGGCUGAGCGAGGAGGGUGGCGUCAUCACCGUCAACCGCGCGCUCGAGACGCGACAGGCUCGCGCCAUGCACGGACUCUUCCGCACGCUGACGGACAACAUGGUGCAGGGCGUGGCGAAGGGGUUUGAGAAGAAGCUGCAGCUGGUGGGAGUGGGGUACCGUGCGGCCGUUGACAAGACGGAGCUUGUUCUCAACCUUGGUCUCUCGCACCAGGUGCGCAUGAAGGUCCCCGACGGAGUGAGUGUGAAGGUGGAGGAGAACACGCGCAUCACCAUCAGCGGGCGGGACAAGGUGGCAGUGGGUGACUUCUCAGCGGCGGUGCGCAAGUGGAGGGAGCCGGAGCCGUACAAGGGCAAGGGAAUCAAGUAUGCGGACGAGGUCAUUCGGCGCAAGGAGGGCAAGGUUGGCAAGAAGAAGUAG